AUGAGUCCAUCAACUACCUCUACUUCUGGUACAGAAUGUGGUCAUCUCACCCAAGAAGCUGACGAUGCUGGUGUUGGCUGCGCUAUGAAUCCGUGUAUGAAGAAAAAGGAGGGAAACACUUCUUCCAAAAGCUCUCUGUCUAGGAAACAUGACAGCGAGACAAAAGCUCAACGACCAGAGCAGAGGAAGCAGAGACCAACUUCUCCUCUACCCAGCUGUGAGUCCAUGAAGGAUGAUUCUAAGGAGUGCAUUAUAUUAUUUAAAGAUGGACAAUCUGCAGUCCUUUUGAACUUUCUCUCCAGACUUGGUUUGGGGAAAUUUUAUCCCAACAAGCUCACUCUUCAGUCCCUUUUGGAAAUCAACAAAAACAGUAUUUAUGAUGAAACUGUUGAAUCAUUGGAGAAAAUACCAUGGUGCUUUCUCAGGAAACUCUUUCAAAUCAACACAGAAUGCAGAAACUGUACACAAUUAUCAAACAAUGAUGAUGAUGAAAACAGUGAUCUGUUCGACUUUGACCUGGACACUGCAGAUGACUCUGCAGACAAGGUUAACCCUCUGGACCUCAUAGUUGCACUCUUUCUUUGUGCUGACAGCUUCUUGCAACAGGAAAUGGCCCUCAAGAUGUCAAUGUGCCAGUUUUCUGUCCCACUGCUGUUGCCUCAUGGCAAUAACAGUCAGUCUACUCUGAUGCUGUGGGCUCUGAGAGACAUCGUCAAAGAGUGGCGUCCACAUGAUUUAUCUAAAUCAAAAGGAUUUGUUGAAGGUAGCAUUGUUCAAGCAGAUAUACCAUUCUUUACCUUUGUCAGGCUGAAAAACUGCAGUCUCUCCAAGUCACAGGUUUUGAAUCAUGUUCUCAGUCGUGGCCAACAGAAUCACAACAUCUUCAUACACAGAGAUAUGAAAGGAGGAACAAUCACAAAGAAAAUAGCAAAGGGUUUAGUCGAGGUUUGCUGGUUCCUUCCCUGUGGCAGAGAAAAUCUUGACAUAUUUCCAGGACCAGUUGCGUUUGCAAAUUUGAGAGGAGACAUUUGUGAGUCACUGGCACAAUUCAAAUUUAUUUUUCAAGUGUCAACUGCUACCUUUGUGUUCCUGGACAAAGUUGAAGAAAAUGAGCACAAGAUUCUGACUUCUCUUCAAUAUGUGAAAUCCAAACUCUUUGUGGUUGUUAAUCGCAAGGAGGACUCCAGAGAGGACAUGAUGUCUGUUAAGAAAACACUGACAGAGUUACAGCUACCAAAUAGCAGUGUGAGAACUAAAGACCCACAGGUAAAUGUUGCAGAACUUUCAGAGAAACUCUGUGUUUCCAUUAAGAAAUCACUGUCAAAUGUUGUCAACACAGUUAUCAUUGAAAAUAUGCUUGACAAAGCCGUUGAACUUGGUCUGUCUGUGGACAAAAAUAAAACUGAUGAGCAAAAGGAAGCAGCUGAGCAGAUUGUGAAAGGAAUUGGUGUGCGGAGUAUACCAGAAUACAAGAAACAACAACUUCCUUUGCAGGGAGAUAACUGGAAAAGAUUAUCACAACUGGACAUGGAGGAAUGUAGACUGAACAAAGCUGGUGACAUAGGACUGGAAGAAUAUAAAUCCCAGCUACAGGAGGAAAAACAACAAAUCAGGAAGGAGCAAAGCAAAUACAAGCUGUCAAGAGCCAUGAAAGGUUUAAUUGUAAACUUAUCCAAAUGUGACAAAGAAGGAAGAGGUUUUUUUCUUAAGUGGAUGAAAUUUAAUCUGAAUGCACAUUCAGAGUCUGCAAUUAAACAAUCUUUACUGCGUAAUAAACUGAAAGAGCACUGUGAAAGAAUGGAGAAAGAUGUGCAAGUCAUUGCAGAGUUAGAUCAGGCUUUGCUGGAAAGCUCUUUAGGAGUAGAGCAUUACAUGAGAGAGAUGGGACUCAUUUAUGAGUUCUCAAUUAAUGGCUCAAAAAACACUGCUGAUGAAAUAUCUUGUCUCCCUGGUUUGGCUGCUGAAAUGCUGUUGGAUGGAUAUCCUUUAGAGCUCUUGGAUGGAGAUGCUUCCAACAUCCCAGAGAGAUGGGUGACAGAUGUGCUGAUGGAGCUUCACAAGAAGGUUGGAGAACAGAGCAGACUGUUAGUACUGACUGUGCUGGGUGUUCAAAGUACAGGGAAGUCAACACUCCUCAACACCAUGUUUGGUGUGCAGUUUCCUGUCAGCAGCGGCAGAUGCACAAGAGGAGCUUAUAUGCUCUUCCUCAAAGUUGGAGAAGAUAUGAAACACGAGUUGAAUUAUGAUUUUAUAGUUCUCAUUGACACAGAGGGUCUAAAGUCUCCACAUUUGUCACAACUAGAAGACAGUUAUGAGCAUGACAACCAGCUGGCAACCUUUGUCAUUGGUUUAAGUGAUGUCACCAUUAUAAACGUUGCCAUGGAGAACUCAACAGAAAUGAAAGACGUCCUGCAAAUUGCAGUUCAUGCCUUCCUGAGAAUGAAGGAAAUUGGUAAAAAGCCCAUUUGUCAUUUUGUGCAUCAAAAUGUUUCUGGAGUUUCAGCUCAUGCAAAGAACCUAACAGAGAGAAAGCAUCUCUUGGACCAGCUCAAUGAAAUGACACAAAUCGCUGCUGAAAUGGAAAGGCAGCCUUCUAUUAAAGCAUUCACAGAUGUGCUGGACUAUGACAUGGACAAAAACAACUGGAACAUCCCAGGACUGUGGCAUGGAACCCCUCCGAUGGCACCAGUGAACACAGGUUACAGUGAAGCUGUAGCAGAGAUAAAGAGAAAUCUUUUGGUGAAAACAACCAGAAGCAAUGAAGUCUCACAGAUCCCAGAGUUUCUAGAAUGGAUUAAAAGUCUCUGGAAAUCUGUGAAAUAUGAGAACUUCAUCUUUAGUUUCAGAAACACUCUUGUGGCUCAGGCCUAUGACAACCUUUGCAAAGAGUUCAAUGAAUGGGAAUGGGAGUUCAGAAAAGAAAUCAUUUCCUGGCAAACACAAGCAGAGUUGGAAAUUUUAAAUUGUGACAAUGAAUCUGAUAUUUUGGAUUGGAUCACAUUGGUCAAAUCAAAAAAAUCAGAGGCAUCAGAAAAAAUUGCAUCUGAAGAAAGAAAAAUGAAGGAGAAACUUACUAACUACUACAAAAAGAAAGGCCAAAAUGUAAAUCUGAUUAAAAAAUACAAGAUUGAAUUUUUCAAAAGCAUCAGCAGUCUUGCAAAGGAAAUCAAAUAUUCAGUGAACAACAAACUGGAUUGUGCACUUCACAUGAGAAAAAGUUCAAAAGAGGUUCAAGACAUUCAUAAGAAAUACAGAUGUGUGAUUGAGCAGCAGGUCAUGAAACUCCUGAGUGACUGUAAAAACUAUAAACUGUCUGAUGAACAGCUGACAGAGGAGUUUGAAAAGAUGUGGACUGAAGUCACUGUAAAUGUGGGUGGCCUGAAAGAACAAAAUAUAUCUGAAAACAUCCUCAUUAACUUGAGAAAAAACUUCCUAAAUCGUAAUGUCAAUGAGGAAUUACAGAACAUUGGAGACUUAACAGAAAUAGGGAGGAAUGGGUUUCAAGCUGGGAAUGAGCAUGUAAAAAAUGCAAAAACCUUUAAUGUGUUCCGCAAAAAAGACAUAAAAAUAUAUUUGCAAACCACAGCUGAUGGAGUCAUUGAGUCUUGCAGACAUUCUGUGGUUGAAAUCGUAAAGACAGAACAAGAUUAUCAUGAGACCCUCACAAAGGAACUUCUGGACAAAAUCGAUGAGUCCCUUAAAGAUAUCAGCAAGGAUGUCAAAAUCAAGUUUGAGAUUGACCUGAAACUUCACAUUUGUGGCAUUGCCUCAAGGGAAUUCCUCAAAAUGCACCAAAAAUUCUUGUCAGAUAAUGAUCCUCGGACUCAGCUGGAGAAGCACAAGACUCAGUAUUUGUCUGAUUUUUUUGAUUCAUACAAACUGAGAUCAACCAACAAGAAAGAUCACUGUCAGCACAAAUCAACUGAUUUGGUCCAGUUUUGCAUCAAACCUGCUGUGGAAGAGUACAUCAAUAGAUUUUUGGGAAUAGACAUUGUGGAUGAAAUUUUGACAAGUUCUCAUUCAGCAGAGUACAGCUCCCGCUCCUCUUUCCAGUACAACAUUCAGGAAGAGUUGCUGCAAAAGGAUGACUUUGACAGUUUUGUCAAGUACCUUCGUAAUUAUGAAAUAUAUGUUAAGGAUUGGAUAUUUCAGCACAUCAAGAAAAAAAUGCUGAAGGACAAAACUUUGUGCAAAUUGAAGAACAAGAACCUUCAAGUCAUAGUUGAUAAAAUCACAGCAGCAUUAGAGCAGGCCACAAAAGGACCAGAUGGUGUUCAACUGCCAGACAACAACGAAAGCAUCACAGAGCUCAUCAGCAACAUGCGGAAGUGUUUAAUUAAAGACAUCUCAAUCUCAGAGGAGGAUGAAAAAACCACCCUGUUUCAAAUCCAAAGCACAUGUCAUCCAUUUAUCAUCAGCCUCAAAAUGUCAAUAGAAGACAUGAAAAAACAGCUUCAGGAGGAAUUCUCAAAGUCUGAAGACGUCACUGAGACUCUGAACAAACUUCCUAUCAAACCACAGGAUGAGCUUUUCAAGCGAGUGUUUGGUUGUGGACAACGAUGUACAUUUUGUAAAGUUCCCUGUGAGGCUGGAGGAAAAGACCACGAUACGCAUCAUGCAGCUGUUCAUCGACCACAAGGUCUUGGUGGAUACAGGUAUGAAGGCACAGAAAAGCUGGUUGAAACACUGUGUACAACUUCUGUGCACAGUGAAAGUAGAUUCAGAAACUCAGACACAAAUGGAGAGUUUCAUCCUUACAAAGACUACAUCAAGUACUAUCCAGACUGGCUCAUUCUUCCAGAUUCCAGCACAGAGGCAUCUGACUACUGGAAGUAUGUACUGGUACAAUACAAUGACAGAUUUGCUCAAGAAUAUAAUGCAGAGCCAGCUGAUGUUCCAGAGGCCUGGAGGAAAAUCACAAAGGAACAAGCACUGAAGGGGUUAAAAGAUGCCUUUAACAUAAAGUGAACUAUGUAAAAAUGUCUUUAAACAAAAGUG